AUGCCUAUCCGCGUCAAGCUCAAGCCUCAGCCUGCGCGAGAAGACAGUCCCUUCUCGGCUCGCUACGACUAUGUCGAGCUGCCCUACAUUGCCCCCGACGACUCGUUCCGCAUUGUCGUCAAGAAGCUGUCCCAGUACAUCUCCGAAGCCAUCGAGAUGCCCAGCACCUUUGAGCAGCUGCGCACCACAUCAGCCGGCACCAGUCUGCGCCUCCUCGUCGACCAUCUCAGCGAUACCUGCUCCAAUCCCGCCAUUGUCAAUGCUCUGCUGGCCCUCAAAUGGCACUACGCCCUGGACCGUGACAACCAAGGUCUCGGCGAGGCUCGCUCCAAUGCCUGUGAGAUUGUGGCCUGGAGAUUUCUAACCCAUCAUUCGGAACGCGAGGCCGUGUCCUUUUGCCUCUACGAGAUUCCUGACCAUAAGAAGGUCAAGGCGCAGCAGCUGGAAGAGCAGGAACGGCGGCAGCAGCUUGGUCACGGCGCCGGCUCCGACCCUGAAGCUGGCGAGCGCGCCCCCUUGAUUCCCCGCGUGCUGGCCACCUUUGACGGCUCGGAUCCUCACUUGCCUUCGGGGAGCUCGUCAAAGAAAGUGCAACUCCUCUCGUCUCUUUCUCGUCUGACAAAUCUCAGCUCCGACGAUGAUGACGACGACGAAGACGAUGACCCUACUGCUGCCUUUGAGGGCCUGAAUGCUCUCGAGAUUGCUGCCGUCGCCGAUGCCAAGAGGUUCCUGUCCCAGCACGUCGUGCAGAAGAUCAUCGCUGGCAUAUGGAACGGUGACAUCGUUUUCUGGGACUCCCUGUCCAUCACUUCCUCCAAGCACCCGCACUUCUACAACCCCUUCACGUCGGAUCCCUACUCCCGACUCCGUGUGCCCAAGUAUCUUAAAUGCUGGGAGGUGCUCUUCUUUAGCGUCUUCAUGUGCCUGUAUUACUCUGUUCUCAUUGUGCGGGACGAGAGCCGCCUGACGAAGCCCGAGAUUGCUCUGUUCUUCUGGAUCGCUGCCUUCUUUUACGAUGAGUUGAGUGAAUGGAUAGAUGCCGGAGCCAUCUUCUACGCAACGGACAUCUGGAACUUGUUUGACAUGGUCAUGAUUCUCAUUGGCACCCUCUUUGCUGUACUACGAAUCGUCGGCAUCGUGCGACAAGACUUGCGUCUAAACGAUUUGGCCUUUGAUGUGCUGGCCCUGGAGGCUCUCUUCAUGAUCCCCCGCAUCUGCUCCAUCCUCAGCCUGAGUCCGUACUGGGGCACCCUUAUUCCCUGCCUUAAGGAGAUGGGCAAGGACUUUCUCAAAUUCAUGGUGCUCGUCGUCAUUGUCUACCUCGGCUUCCUCACCACGUUUUCCCUCGUUGGCCGGGACAUCUUUAGCCUUGGCAAGAUGACAGGCAUCUUGACCAAGAUUUUUUACGGCUCGAGCUAUGUUGGCUUCGAGGUCAUGGACCAGAUUGACCCCGUCUUUGGCCCUCCUCUGAUGAUCAUCUUCAUCACCUUGUCUUCGUUCCUCCUCAUGGGCUCGCUCACCGGUAUGCUGUCCAACAGCUUUUCGCGCGUCAUCACCCACGCCAAGGAGGAGUACCUCUACGUGUACAGCGUGUAUGUGCUGGAGGCAUCAACCAGCAACCGCUUGACGCACUUUUAUCCCCCCUUCAAUCUUUUGAAUUUGGUCAUGUUUCGUCCCUGGCGAUACAUCCUGCCAAGAUCGCACAAAUACCGUGCGGGUCGGAUCUGGCUUCUCAAGUUGACCCACGCGCCCAUCGUUGGCGUCAUCAAGCUUUACGAGUAUCUCAAGUACAGGGGGGACGACGACGACGAGUUCCGCGGCUUCAAGGGCCCGAAAGAGCCCAAGGGCAGACGGCGGAGAUCCGAGGUCGGUCAGCCAUCGUCCAUCACUGGCCGGCCCUCUCUUGCAUCUCCUCGUAGGUCGGGGGUUAUGAGACUGCGCCCGUCCAGUCGAACGAGAGGAGAGGAUGAUGCGGAUGCGCCGACGCCAGUAGAGGCGCAGAUUAUGGAACUGCAGCAAAAGAUUGAUCAACUAACCUCGCUUGUCCUGUCGUUAAAGGAGGGCCAGAUCACCAAUGGCAAGGACGAGAUUGUGAGCAGCGUCUAA